UCAGUGCGACCAAGGGCUGACAACCAGCAAGUAUUCCCUUCGAUAUUUCAGUCAAUUUAAAUAUAUCUUUGAUGAACAGAAAACGAAUUUAAUCGCACUUCGGAACUAUCAUUCUGCCAUUUACAAAGACUAAAGAAUAGUUUCAAAACCAGUUUUAUUCUCGCUAUGUAGAUGUCUCGGUUGGGGUACUAGGAACGGGAGCACGCUGAUCUGUUAUCCAAGAUGAGUGGGACCAACGCGGCUUCUGGAGCGGCGCCUUGCCGUUUUGCUCACUACUUUGUGAUAUGCGGAAUAGACACCGAAACUGGGCUGGAACCGGACGAAUUAGCCGCUUUGUACCAAUGGCUAGAGGCUGACCGCCAAGGCAGGGACCCUGAUACAGCAGCCACAGGGGAGAACUUUGAGCAGAGCCCCCUGAAGAGGACGUUCAAGUCUAAAGUCCUGGCCCACUACCCUGAGAACGUGGAGUGGAACCCCUUCGACCAGGAUGCUGUCAACAUGCUCUGUAUGCCCAAAGGCCUGUCGUUCAGGACACAGGCAGACAGCCGCGAGCCCCAGUUCCACUCCUUCCUGAUCACGCGGGAGGACGGCUCUCGCACUUACGGCUUCGUCCACACCUUCUACGAGGAGGUGACGUCGCCUCAGAUCUGCUCGGCCAUGCAGACCCUCUACCAGAUGCACCAGGCCGAGAACCCUUCCUCCGCCACCCCCUCCUCCUCUUCCUCCUCUUCCUCCAGUAUGGACUCUCUGGCUAGCAGCCUCGACGAAGCAGAUUCUCCGUCUUCAUCCUCGUGCCGGUCGGCGGCGUGCGGCGGCUACGACGUGGCGCGUGACACGCUCUACGUCUCCAAGGCGUUGUGUCUGAUCACGCCCAUGCCCUUCAUGCACGCCUGCCGCCGUUUCCUGUUCCAGGUGCACCGGGCCGUCACGGCCUCCUUGCCUCCACCCCUUCCCCUGGAGAGCUACGUGCACAACAUUCUGUACGAGGUGCCCCUGCCCCCUCCGGGGCGCUCGCUGAAGUUCCACGGGGUGUACGAGCCCAUCGUGUGUCAGCGUCCUGGGCCUGGGGAGCUGCCUCUGGCUGACUUCCCUCUGGGCCAGACCUUCCCUCUGCUGGGGGUAGAGAACCUGGUGCAGCUGUUCAACUGUACCCUGCUGGAGAUGCAGAUUCUGCUUUACUCACAGGACUACCAGCGGUUGAUGACAGUUGCGGAGGGCAUCACCACCCUGCUCUUCCCGUUCCAGUGGCAGCAUGUCUACGUGCCCAUCCUACCUGCCUCACUGCUGCACUUCCUGGAUGCCCCCGUGCCCUACCUCAUGGGCCUGCAGUCCAAGGAGGGCACCGACCGCUCCAAACUAGAGCUGCCACAGGAGGCUAACCUGUGCUUCGUGGACAUUGACAACCACUGUAUCGAGCUUCCUGAAGACUUCCCCCAGUUCCCUAACAAACCAGAGUUAAUCCAGGAGCUCAGCGAAGUCCUCCUCCGCUACGGCAUAUCCCCAGUGGGGGGCGCUCCUCCAACCUCUGUCCCCACCUCCACCACCACCCUUGGGUCUGUCUCUGUCUCUACCCGUCACCCUGGUCUGAAGAGCCAACAGGCCCUGAGGGAGCUAGAGGACGAUGGGAGGAAUGGGAACCUAGGAGGGGAACAGUUAGCUGUGUUGGAGCUUCUCCAAGGGAACGCUACUCUGGAAAGACUCCAGGCUCUGGCUAAGAGAACGGGGGUCCGCGUGGAAGCCCUGAGGGGGGUAGGGGGUGAGGGAGAGGCUCAGGGGAGGAUGGCAGUCGAUGAGGAGGAGCUGAGGAACGCUAAGCUGAAUGUACAGCUGAGGGAGGUGUUCGCUAGCAGGUUUACCAUGAUGUUCGCGGACUAUGAGGCCUUCGUCAUCCAAAGCGCUCCAGACCUGGAGUCCUGGCUCACCAACCGAGAGCAGAUGCACAACUUUGAUAAGGCAUCCUUCCUGUCUGACCAGCCGGAGCCCUACCUGCCCUUCCUGUCCCACUUCAUCGAGACCCAGAUGUUCGCCACCUUCAUCGACAACAAGAUCAUGUCCCAGUGGGAGGAGAAGGAGCCGCUGCUCCGCGUGUUCGACGGACGCAUCGAUAAAGCUCGUCUAUACAACGUUAGAGCCCCAAGUCUGCGAUCCUCCAACUACCAGAGGUGCACCAUCCUCAAGGAGUCAGCCCAGGCCAUUGAACAGCGGCUGCUGAAGAUCGACCACACAGCCAUCCACCCCCACCUGUUGGAUAUGAAGAUUGGACAGGGCAAAUAUGAACAAGGCUUCUUCCCCAAGCUGCAGUCUGAUGUGCUCUCAGUCGGACCCACCAAUAACAAGUGGUCCAAUCGUACCGCUACGGCUCAGCGCAGGAAGGACCGUCACAGACAACAAACAGAACACUUGACUCUAGAUAACGACCUCAAAGAGAAGUACAUGCAGGAGGCUCGGAGCCUGGGGAAGAAUCUCCGUCAGCCCAAGCUGUCUGACCUCUCACCUGCCGUCAUUGCUCAGACCAACUGGAAGUUUGUAGAGGGACUACUCAAGGAGUGUCGCAUGAAGACUAAGCGUAUGUUGGUGGAGAAGAUGGGCAGGGAGGCGGUGGAGCUGGGUCAUGGGGAGGCAAACAUCACAGGUCUGGAGGAGAACACUCUCAUCGCCUCCCUCUGUGACCUGCUGGAGAGGAUCUGGAGCCAUGGCCUGCAGGUCAAACAGGGGAAGUCAGCUCUGUGGUCCCACCUUCUGCACUACCAGGCCAGAGAGGAGACACUGGAGCAGCAGCAGGCAGAGUCACCAGUGUCAAAUGGUUCAGAGAGACGAAAGUCUGAGUCAUCAUUAGGGAUGCCAUCGCUGCGAGCGUCCGUCAUACAGGAUAUGAGGCACAUCCAGAGUAUGGGGGAGAUAAAGACGGAUGUGGGCAGAGCGAGGGCCUGGAUCCGUCUUUCUCUGGAGAAGAAGCUGCUCUCACAACACCUCAAACGGCUGCUGUCCCGCCAAGCCUUAACCAAGAAGUUGUAUAAGCGCUACGCCUUCCUGCGCUGCGAGGAGGAGAAGGAGCAGUUCCUGUUUCACUUGCUCUCCCUCAACACUGUCGACUACUUUUGUUUCACCAGUGUCUUCACCACCAUCAUGAUCCCAUACCGCGCCGUCAUCAUCCCAAUCAAGAAGCUGAGCAACGCCAUGACGACCUCCAACCCGUGGGUGUGUGUGUCGGGUGAGCUGGGCGACUCAGGCGUCAGGCAGAUCACCAAGAACGUCCUGGAGAUGACCUUUGAUUCUGCUUUCAGGCCACACACUCACAUCGACGCCAUGUUCAAGUGUCAGAACCUGGGUAAGCUGACUACAGUCCAGUUGGGCCAUGAUAACUCUGGGCUGCUGGCUAAAUGGUUGGUGGACUGUGUCAUGGUCCGCAACGAGAUCACAGGACACACCUACAAGUUCCCGUGUGGGCGGUGGCUUGGCAAAGGUGUGGACGACGGCAGUCUGGAGCGUGUUCUGAUUGGUGAGCUGGCAUCGCCCAACGCAGAUGAGGAUUGUGGGAGAGGGUGUCGCACGCCCGACAUGCAGCAUUCGCCGGGUCAGACCAGACGCGCCAGCAUCACCUCGAUGGGAGGACGCGGAUACAAGCCUACCUCAGCUCAAAUCCAGGAGGCCAUUGGCGAGGCAGUGAACAGCAUCUGCAAACACUUCCACAAGCCUGAGAAAGAGAGGGGCAGUCUGACCAUCCUGCUGUGUGGUGAGGUCGGUCUGGUCGGGGCUCUGGAGCUGUUCUUUCACAACGGCUUCAAGUCCGCCCGCCUCUUCCAGAAGACUGUCUUUGUCUGGGACUUUGUGGAGAAGGCGGUGGCUUACAUGGAGUCAGCAGACCAGAUGGGGGACAUGCAGGAGACUGCUGACCCCCUGGGCCUGACCUGUGUCUCUCUCUGUCACUAUGUCAGUGCCAUCAACUCCUCGCCCAGGAACAUUGGCAAGGACGGCAAGUUCCAGCUGCUUGUCUGCCUGGGGGCCAGAGAUCGUCUGCUGAUUCAGUGGCUCCCUCUGUUGGUGGAGUGUCCCGUGAUCCAGCGGAUGUACGAGGAGUCUGCUCUGCUCCGGGACCGGACCACGGUCAACGAUCUCAUUGCUGUCCUGCAGACUCUCCACGACUUCCCCAUCACCCUGGAGGCCUCGCUCAUCAAGGGCAUUGACCUUUAACCCCUUCCGCACAGCCUGCUGGGAAACCACCCAGUCCAGGACCACAUUACCCACAAACCCUUGCUGUUCCCUUUUGCCCUUUCACUGUCCCUGUGGCUGUCGUCGAGGCCUGCUUCAGCUGAUUCACUCUGGGAAAAGUCUUAUAGGGAGGGAAGUAAAGAUUGAGGACUUUAGAAAGAGACCAGAGACGGUUCGCUACCAAAGCAAUCGAUUCCACUGCUUCAGAACAGAAGUUUGGGCUUUGAAUCAUUGAUGAGUGAUGAUGCAGUAUUAUUAUUACAUAGCUUGUGGUUUUGAAAAUAUCCCUUUUGAUAUUUAAUAAGAAGGGACUGUUUUUAAAGAAAACCCAUGGAUGUUUCCCUAUGUGCUUGAUGUGUGUUGCCCACAAUAGGUAGCUCUUCAAUGGACACUUUUUUAGCCUGUGUGAUGGAGAUCCUAUCUUUGCCUGUCUGCCAUCUCUCUGUCUGCUGGAUCCUGCUCAACUUCAGCUAGCGUUAGCAUUAGCAAGCAUGCCUGUGGGUCAUAGUAGGCCAGGAAUAAGGAAACCAAAAACAGAAAGUGACUGUUUGCCCCUGCUGCCUCUCCAUAGUCUCUGCACUGGGAAUAUCAGUUGGUGAAACUUCAUCAGUUGGGUGAAGAUGACUACCAUGGAAAGAAAAACUGGACUCAUCUGCUUUCAGCACUACACUGUGUGCAAUGCAGCUUUUUGAUUGGAUGUUGGCUCAUUCUAGAUACACCUACUGUGUUGGACUGGAUCUUUGUUCUGCUUUGUGAUUGGCUAGCAGAUCUUGGCGGACACAAACACUGCGCUGAAUUGGAGAGGUCUUUCCUAGGGGGGCAGGGGCUUUUCUAGGGUUGCAUGGACAUUCCAAACAAAUUACAGGCAUUGACCUGACCCUAUUUCAAACUGUGUGUGUCUAUGUACAGAGUGUACAAAACAUUAAGAACACCUUCCUAAUAUUGUGAUUCGGGGCACCUCCCCCUUGCCCUCAGAACAGCCUCAAUUUGUCAUGGCAUGGACUCUACAAGGAGUCGAAAGCGUUCCACAGGAAUGGCCCAUGUUGACUCCAAUGCUUCCCACAGUUGUCAAGUUGGCUGGAUGACCUUUGGGUGGUGGACCAUUCUUGAUACACACAGGAAACUGUUGAGCGUGAAAAACCCGGCAGCAUUGCAGUUCUUGACACAAACCAGAGUGCCUGGCACCUACUACCAUACCCCGUAAAAAUACACUUAAAUAUUUUGUCUCGCCAUUCACCCUCUGGGUGGCACACAUAAACAAUCCAUAUCUCAAUUGUCUCAAGACUUAAAAAUCAUUCUUUAACCGGCCUCUUAACUAGUCUCCUGCCCUUCAUCUAUACCGAUUUGAAGUGGAUUUAACAAGUGACAUCAAUAAGGGAUCAUAGCUUUCACCUGGAUUCACCUGGUCAGUCUGACAUGGAAAGAGCAGGUGUUCAUAAGGUUUUGUACACUCAGUGAAUGUGUUCUCCUAAUGUUAUUCUUGUUAGACAUCAUAAUGGUCAAUGUAUUCAACUUCAUCCUGGUCUCUGUCAUGCACUGUGUGUGUGUGUGUGUGUGUGUGUGUGUGUGUGUGUGUGUGUGUGUGUGUGUGUGUGUGUGUGUGUGUGUGUGUGUGUGUGUGUGUGUGUGUGUGUGUGUGUGUGUGUGUGUGUGUGUGUGUGUGUGUGUGUGUGUGUUGACCUCAAAUGGACACUUCCUCUGCAUUACUCUGUGUGGUAUUGAAAUGUUCCAGCCCCUUAUUAAUGUGAUACAUGUGAAAUACACUGGAAUAUUAAACAAUAAGAACCUAUACAUACAACCCCUAAUGAUGUAUUUAUCAUAAAUGCCUCAAACCUUCCUAUGAUAAGUGGUUAUUUUCUGGUGAGUGUUAACUCCUUCUGGGACUAUUUCCAGCUGGUUGUAUUUUUCAAUCUAAAAUAGAUCUCUUGCCACUUUUUCAAUCAACCUUGAUGAACAUGUUCAUAUAUUUCUGUAACAACAAGUGUAAAUAGGGUGUUUAUGCAUGUGUACUAAAAAGGGACUAAAAUACAUGUGGACUAAAAUGUUGAGGCUAACUAUGGCCAGACAAUAGAUUUGAACCCAACCAAAAGGGAAAACAACUGACAGAUUCCGAAUCACACACUUAACUGUGUUUUGACCACAGUACUUUUCCAGUAUUAACGCAAAAAAAAGGACAGCAAAUGUUGUUUUUAAUGUUCUGAUUUGAUGUAUUUAUUCCUCUAAACUGUGGUAGUCAUCAAGAAACGUUGAGACACUGGUUGCGACCGGGGCAAAGAGCCGCCUGUGAAAUGAGGUGCUGCAUGUUGAGCCAUGUGGCUUUCCUUCUGUAACAUUCACAGUUUGGUCCUGCUGCUAGGUUCCUACUGUCUUGUGUAUCAUGGAUUCCAACAAUCAAAAAAAAACUAUCUAUCUGUAAGAAGCAACAAACAUAGGAGGAUGAUCGACUCCAUAGGUGUUUAGCGCAUAGCUGUGAGCAAAGUGUCUGUCUACAGUAGUGUGGCGAGAAUAAGGGUCCAUCUUUGCAUCCUAAAGUGUUACGGCAUGCAGUUGUACUCUGUGACUGGACGGUGUACUUUCUCCUAACACACCUCUCUCUACAGCUAGACUCAUUCAGUAGUCCUGUACUGUACUUCUGUCUUCAUGUUACAUGAACCUGUGACAAAGGCUGGGUGGAAUAUCUGUCCUAACAUUACUAGGUGGGCAAAAUGCUACUACGGAACCUUUCCUUUCCUAUGGAACCGUUCCUUUCCUACAAGUGCAUGUGUAAACUGUAUGUCCAGUGGGAGGAGGUCAUGUAAUGAAUGGAGUCCUAUGGAAAUGAUAACUGUUCUGAUAUUUAUGAUGCACUUCAUUAAAAACUUGCUCAAUA